AAUUCAAUUUCUUAUAGAAUUUCAUUUAACUUCUAUUCUUCUUCCCCCAGGCGGCGAGGUCUAUUUGACAGACAUGUAUUCAAUCUUCAGUCAAGGAGGGAAUUGAAAAAUCUCAAAGAGGGAAUUGAAAAAUCUGAUCCGUUAUCUCAACACAUCUCUUCUCUGCACUUCAUCUCUCAAAACUCUCCGACUCCUUUGCUCAUCUUCAUCUCGCAGCGGAUCGGAGCUCAAUUCGAUGGAAGUUACCGACACCAAGCAGGCCCCUUUGUCCAUAGUUCAUGCGGCCAGGCGGAGAAGCUCAACGGUGUUGGCGGACUUGUUCUAGAGGACGAUGGGAGGAGCCGAUGUCCCCGUGGAGGACGUCGACAGGGUUGAGUAAGGAGGCCCAGAUCCCUUGUCCAGCUUCUAUGAUGUUGUUUCCCAAGACUUUAAGAAAUGUGCAGUCAGUAGAUUCAGUUUUGGACUGGCUAUGAGCAAACCUUGAUGACUUCUAUUCUCUUGAUUGUGGAUUUACAGGUGCUGGAUAUUAUUCCAUGGAUGCAAUACCUUUUGGAGGUGGCUGAUAUGAUACAGUUGGCUAAUAUAAAACGGGGCUUCUAUGAUCCUUUAGGCGAAUUCCUUUGUUGUAUGGUUGAUUUUGUCUACAUCUAGUAGUUAUGAAUAUCUUUUCUGCUUGCUUUUUGUGACAUCUUGGUUCACUAGAGGGCCACAUCCUGUUGCUUUGCUUCUGUUUGGUAUGCUGUAAAUCAAUUGCCAACCAAAUAAAUGUGUUCACCAUGAUUAGAGUUGCCUCAUCCAUGCUUUUGCUUCACUGGAGUGAGGCACUAAAUCUUUUUUUUUUUUUUUUUUU